AUGGACCGUCCUAUCGACGAUAUUGUGAAAAACCUUUUGAAAUUUGUCGUGAGAGGUUUCUAUACUGGUGCGUAUGUCCUGGUGGUAGAUGGUAUUUUAUUUCACUCUGUAUUAUCGGAAGAGGAUUUAGCUCACCUGCUGGGGAUCAAGAGGCCCGAGUUGCGUGGACUAUUGACAAAGCUACUAGAAGAUAGAAUGAUUGCAGUUCAUUCGCAGCAAGAAUUUCACUUUAACACGAGAAGCAUAAAGAGAUAUUACUACUACAUCAAGUAUCCUCAAGCCAUAGACGCCAUCAAAUGGAAAGUGCAUCAAAUUGUCUCUAUGCUUAAAGACGAUCUCGACAAAAACUCUGCUCCGCAAGGUUACAUGUGCUCCAUUUGUCAGACUAAAUACUCGCAACUUGAAGCUGUCUCACUUUUGAAUUAUGAAAAGACACAAUUCUUGUGUAGUUUGUGCGAAGAGCCAUUGAUAGAGGACGAUUCGGGCAAGAAGUCAAAGGAGAAACAAAUUAAGUUGAAUAGACUCAUGGAUCAAGUCCAACCCAUUAUCGAUUAUUUGAAGAAAAUCGACGACUCUAGAAUUGAGGAAAAUACAUUUGAGACUUCGUUAGCAAGGUUGAUUCCGCCUCAGAACAACUCCGUUGCAUCCUACACUGUCAAUCCAAGAUCUAAGAAAAGCAAAAUGUUUACGCCCGGUGACCACGUUAACUCUGCCUUGGAUAACGCAAGCAGCAGACGUGCUGGCGCCAAAUCUCAAGCCACGUUGCAUGUAAAUAUCACGACAGCUAGCGAUGAACAAGCUCGGAGUGAACGCCAAGAAAGAGAAAUGGAGGAAAAGAGAAAGCAGAAUGCCUUACCUGCUUGGCACGAGCAAAGUACUGUGGGUAAAGCCGCUUUAGGUAGACUGGACAAAGAUGACGAAAAUAUGCCUGUACCACCACAAACAAAUGGAGGUGCUGAAGCUAUACCUGCACAAAUAUCUGGUGAUACUGAGAAUGUCCCAGUAGAGUUGGAGUAUGAUGAGCCUGCCCCCCCACUCACGCAGAAGGAGGUUGAAGAAAGAGAGGCAGAGAAAACUUUGGCUGACUACUAUGCUCAAUUAGCAAAGAAACAGGCCCUUGAAGAUGAAGAAGACGAAGGCGAGGAUGAGGAUGGAGGAGAAGAUGGAGAGGGCUUCGAUGUUGAGUUUGAAGAUGUGGCGAGUGAAAACGAGAACGCAAAUGAGAACGCAAAUGGAAACAAUGCCACCAAUAACAUCCCGGUUGAGAACGUGGAAAGUGUCCAAAAUAUCGAUUCAAACGUAAAGAAAGAAUCCACAGGAGAAGGAGUAAAGAGCCAAGGGUCGAAGGAGGUCGAAGAGAUUGAUGAUGAUGACAUUGAUGCUGAUUUUGAGGAUGUUUAA